UGACAGCUGUCAAUUAUUGUCAAAUUAGUAAAUGAUUCGUAAUUGCAUGUAUUUUUAAUUUUAAAUUCAGUUAAAAUGUUUUAAAAUGAAUGAUGAUAUUAAUGAAUACGUGCCGUCACUCCUUAACCCAAGAAGAUUUAAAAGAAACGAUGCUGACGUUUCUUUAACUCAGAAUUCCAUUGUAAGCCGGUGUUCAUUGUCCCUAAGAAGAAACAAUAGGCAUUCAUUGUUUGAACAUUCUAAGCUAAAUGAUAUACCAAGAGAUUUAACGAAUAAGGAAAAUGUACAGAAUACUAAUAAUGUUCCCCAAAAUGUGUUAGUUCCUAAAGUAAAACAAAUAGUGUCUAAAAAUGAUAAUUGUAUAGAUAGCAUAGGAUAUUCAGCUAUUGACGACCUGUCUACAGAAUGUGAUACAGAUUUAAUAAAUGUACAAACUAAUUUUAAUAAGGAAACAAAUUGUUGUAUAGCUCCAAAAUCCCCUGCACUACAUAUGAAUUUAGAUGAUGCCAAAAGUGAUAAAACAGUAAUCUAUGAUGUAGAAAAAGCAAUAGUCGCAGUAUCGUUUGGAAUUAAUGAUUGUAGUAACAUCGACUUCACUACCAAAACAACUGCAAUAAAAAGAAUUAAUAUCGACAGGAGAUAUGAAGACGUUAACGUCGAUUGUGAAAUCAUAGAAAACACAGAACCAUCCACGGAUUACUCUCCAGACAAUACAUACGCAACAGCGCCGAGUCCGCCUAAAAAGGUCGCAAUAAACCUAGAAAUUAAGAAGAAACUGUCAACAGAAAACUUAAAGGUUCUAAUUUUAAAAUCAAACGCCAUUGAGAAGAUCACAAACGUCACUGUCCAGCCACCAAAUUACAAAUUAGUGAAACGGAAAAUUUUAGACGAUAAAUCAAAAGGCACAAAGAGAAAGCCGCUGACGAAUAAUGGAAAUCUAUCGCGUGAUAAGUUGAAACAGAGGUCGAUCGAUAUUUUUUUCCCGAAAGUUGCCGGACCAAGAGAAGUUAGAACGACGAACGUUACGAACCCUGUCAAAAAUGUAGCUCGUGAUGUGGUGGACAUGAGCAAAAAUUCGGGUGUUGCUGACGCUGUGAAGGAACGUGUUGCGAGAUCACUGAAGUCUGGAAAGCGAGAGAAUGAAUCUCCUAGGGUACCGAGAGUGGCUACAGCGAAGAAGGAAUUGUGCAAGGAUGUUAAGACUUCGAGUUCAGAAGUGCCGCGGGCGCCAUCUCCUAGAGUUAAGAACGAAAGCGCGAGCUCUCACUCGCCCCGGAGGAACACGGAGUCCACGCAAUUCAGUCUGCCCGUAAAGUCUAAAUCUAACAAGUCAGCAAUUUCGCCGCAGAGUAUACCUCAGUACAAGAUAGUAGCAGGAACUCAUUUCGCAGUAGACGCGUUCUCUUACGGCGAGAUACCUAACGUGAAACAUUAUUUCCUCACGCACUUUCACUCCGACCAUUACUCCGGUCUGAAGAAGAGUUUCAAUAAAUUGUUGUUUUGCUCCAAAAUUACUGCCGAUCUGUGCAUGUCCCGGUUGGGCGUCAAUCCGAAGUGCAUCCACGUGAUAAACGUGGACGAGACGGUGCGGGUCGAAGGUGUGGAAGUCACCGCUGUUGAUGCCAACCAUUGUCCCGGAGCAGUGAUGUUAAUAUUUACUCUGCCCAAUGGUAAGUCGUUACUGCACACGGGGGACUUCCGAGCCUCGCCUACCAUGGAGUCCUAUCCCAUAUUCUGGAACAAGGAUAUACACACCAUUUAUUUGGAUACUACUUACUGCAACCCUCGCUACGACUUCCCGACACAAGACCAGAGUUUGGAAAUGGCCCUCUACAUACUGCGGCAAAAGAAACUCAAUCUAGAGAAGGCUGGGAAGAAGUUCUCGUCCGUUUUGAUCGUAUGUGGGACUUACACUAUAGGUAAGGAGAAGUUCUUCCUGGGCAUGGCGCGGCGCGUGGGGUGCUCGGUGUGGGCGUGCCCGGAGAAGGACCGCGUGCUGCAGGCGGUGGAGGGGCGCAGCUUCUGCCACGCGCCGCCGCACGCCUGCCAGCUGCACGUCGUGCCCAUGCGGGACCUCACGCACGAGAAGCUGCGCAGCUACCUAGACAGCCUGCAGGGCGCGUUCAACGAGGUGGUGGCGUUCAAGCCGAGCGGCUGGGAGAACGGCAAGAACUCCAGCGUCGAGCGGGACAUGGUCGCCAUACACGGUAUCCCUUACAGUGAACAUUCCAGUUUCUCCGAGUUGAUUCGGUUCGUGAAAUACUUGAAGCCGAAACAGGUCAUACCGACCGUCGACAUUUCGGGAGGUGUGAAGGCAGUUCAGAAGUACUUCCCGUGCCCGCUGGUGUACAAGGACGAGGCACACUGCCAGAGCCGCAUGACGGACUUCUUCAGUAUGCACGGCCGGCACCAGGUGCCAGUUGUGAGCUGAUUUUAAGAUAAAUUGUACAAAUGCAUUUUUAAGCCGCCAUACAAGACUGUGAUGUAUUUUUGAUAUUGUUGUAUUAUAGGAUGUAUUUAUAAAAAGUUAAUUGAUUUGUAUUAAAUGAUUUUGAAAUUC